AUGUUAUCUCUCUUCAAAUAUUCUGCGGUCCUGCGGAUCAUCAAGGCGCGUGAGCACUGUCACAGAUUGAAGAGAGAGAAGAAGAAGCAGGAGCUGGCAGAGAAGAAGGGAAUUAAGGCCUUGUUCAGGUCUCAAAUGCACUUCAUAAUUCAGAAUAUUAAGAAGACAGCUCUGCUCUCUGAGCAUGUCAAUCUGCUUGCUGCUGAAGUGAAACUCAAGACAGCAGACCAGAAAAUGCAGGAUUUUGAGAUGCAGGUUGACCUGACUGAGAGAGAGUAG